AUGAUUGUAGCAGCUUGUUGCUCUGCGUUGAACUCCUUUAGUGGCUUGGGACCCAUAGAUUCAUUGUCUGCUGUGCAGAAGCGAUCUCGUACUAAACGAAAGAACUUUCACUUAGCUUCAACAGUCCUUUCUCCUUUCUUUUCCGAAACUCAAAUAGAAAACUCCGGGAAGAGAAGUGUUGCCAUUUACGUUGCCCCAAGAAAUCGUCCCUUUCUUUUCUCCUCUGGUUUAUCAUCUUCGUCACUGCAAAACAUCAAACGGAAACUAGGGUUUUCAUCUUCAUCAUUUGCGAUGGUUCUAACUUUGUGGAAUGUCCGUUCAAAAUUCUCAGAAAAUCCUGACCUGAUCAAAGCUUAUGUUGAGUUAAGUAGUUUUUGCACAUUCAAGAUUCACCAUGGGGGUAUGUUCACAAAAUACCCAGGAAGACGUUACGUUGGUGGGAGUAUUGACUAUGUUGACUACGUAGACAUGGACGUGUUCUCCGUACAUGAGUUAGACGAUAUGAUGAAGGAGAUAGGUUAUAUCAACGGUGAGCCUAUCUACUACCACUUCUUGAUUCCAGAGAUUGAAAUCGAUUAUGGGUUACUUCCUUUAGGUAAUGACUCAGACGUACUUUUGUUAAGUCGUAUUGAAGAAAUCAAUGAGCCUAUUUCUCCGGAACUCAAUCGAAAAAAGUUUACAAGUACAGAGGUAGGAUCAUGUAGUAGAAAAUUGGACUUGAAUGAGAACUAUGACUUUUCUAGGUCUGUUGUACCUUUUGGACAUUUUGAUAGAGAUGUAUUGAAAGAUGUUGGAGUUCAGCCUGCAAGUGAGGAGCUUAACAAAGCCCAAGAUGUUGGACCUUCAGAAGACUUUGAUCCUUUCUUUUAUAUGGAUCAUAAUGAUUACCAACAGAUGGGGGACGAUGAUUACCAACAGAUGGGGGACAAUGAAGAAAUUGGAGAUGCUAUUAGUGAUGAGACUAGUACCAAUGGAAGUAUAAGCGAGGAUAGUGACUUUUUAGUGGAUGAACUUAAUAUGGUGGAGGAUGUCGAAGUGAAUAUGAAAGACUUCCACAGUGGUGUUUAUUCUUUUCCAAAUCUAGAUAACCACCAAUCAUUCAAUGCACCUGAUGUCACAGUUGAUGACGAUUUGGAGGUGAUAGAUACACAGUUGUUUGAAUCAGCUGUUGUAGAAGAAGAUGAGAGGAAGAAGUUAAUGAGAAGGUUAAACAAACCAACCACGUGUUCAUCAGGAGUAGUACAUGAAACUGCAUUCUAUCUGGGUCAAAUAUUUAAGUCCUCAUCAGAAGCGAAGGACUACAUUAAAAUGCAUUCAAUUCGAACUAGGAGAAACAUUUAUUUUGCAAAAAAUGAUAAACAAAGAAUUAGGGCAAAAUGCAGGGGUGUGGUCCCAGAAAUGACAGGAAGAGCACAUACAGAUAUUUUGUUGAAUAAUUUAUGUGAAGUUUUCAACUCAAAGUUGUUAGAUGCUCGAGACAAACCUAUAAUUACAUGUUUAGAAUAUAUUAGGGAAUACAUAAUGAAACGAAUUUGUAUUGUGCAAAAUGUGAUAGAUAAGUCUCAAGGGCCUCUUACCCCAACAGCCACAAAACUUUUAGAUGGAGUUAAGAAACAUGCUUCUCAAUACACUUGCAUAUUUAAUGGUGCUGAGAAGACUCAAGUUACUGGGACAAUGGGGGAACAAUUUGUGGUUAAUUGGAGGGACAGGAACUGUAGUUGCAGGCAUACAGAGAUCACUGGGAUACCAUGCUCUCAUCUUGUUAGUGUCAUUUGGGAUAAGGUUGAGCAUGGGGCAAAAAAUGUCCCACCUCUUGAGGAGUGGGUACAUCCAUGUUAUAGGUUAAGCACAUGGAAUGAAAUGUACAAGUACAAAGUUCAACCAAUCAAUGGAAGAAGUAUGUGGCCAAAGUCAGAUUGCCCCACAACACUAACACCCCCCAAACAUACUAAACAGGUAGGGAGACCAAAAAAGAAGAGAAAGAGAGCUCAAACUGAAGAACCAAAUAAUCAAGGUAAAAGUUUGACCAGGAAGUUCCUUACAGUUACUUGUAGCAAAUGCAAGAACAAUGGUCACAACUCUAGGAGUUGCAAGGGACAAGGGGGACAAACUGAAGUUAGAAAUGUGGUGGCAGGGGGAAAGAAGCUUAGUAAGGCAAAGAAGCAGGGAGAUGGAAAAAAGGAUAAAUCCAAAAUGAAGGAAAAAGUUUGA